AAACCACAAAGCUGCUCGGUCUUUAAAGGUGGCUUGUUCAUGAUUUAAUGACAUGCAGCUGGCAAAAAAGACAGUUAGUGUGGUCAGCGCUCCAGUUUGGUUUGAAUUUUGUUUCUAUCUAAGAAAAAAGUGGACAAGCAAGAACCCAGUGAUGAUGUAAAUAACAACAAAAGACUAAAAGCGACUGGAGAGUGUGGAUUACGCUCCUCGGAGGGUGGACGACUGUGGAGUAAACAUAUCCCAGCAGAGGAUGGAGAAAAACACCUGCUGAUAGGGAAUAAAUGUGGUGACAGCUGCGCUCUCUCAUCCGAAACCAACGCGCGCGACGCGUCGGGAUUCCCUUUGUCCCCACGUGUGGAUGAGCUGAGGAGAAGACGCGAGGUUUGUAUGUGAAGCUGCUGUGGUUGGACAGGACAGGAGGCACUCAAGAAAUGAUGAGGAAGAGCAGGAGUGUUCUCACAGUCUCUCCUAACAAUGACAGCAAAGAUCCUGCUGACUGCUGCCUUAGUGAGUCUUUCACCUCUCCAUCCUGCACGCUGGGUGUCGAUCUACGUCGAGGCCGACGCCGUUAUUCGGGAAACCUGCAGCUCCCCCCGUUGUCGUGGCGUCAGGGGGAAAGGUCACGUACUCCAGAUAGUGAGAUUAUGGCGAGGCCAACAUCCCUGCCAUUUGGAGCUCCUCCAAGGAUAGAUAUCACACCUGUGGAUCCAGAAUGCUUUGAUGUGGAGAAUGGCCCAUCUGCCAGCUGCAGCCCUCUGGACCCUCAGGCCUCCCCCGGCUCUGGUUUGGUCCUCCACACCAACUUCCCAGGACAUAACCAGCGCAGAGAGUCCUUCCUUUAUCGCUCUGACAGUGACUAUGAACUGUCCCCCAAGUCCAUGUCACGAAACUCCUCCAUCGCCUCUGAACUACAUGGUGAUGACCUGAUCGUGACUCCUUUUGCUCAGGUUUUGGCAAGCCUUCGCAGUGUAAGGAAUAACUUCACUGUACUGACCAACGUCCAGUGUGCCUCCAGCAAGAGGUCUCCUGCAGCAACAACACAGCCUCCAAUCACCAGAGUUUGUCUCCCAGAUGAGGCGUACCAGAAGCUGGCCAUGGAGACAAUGGAGGAGUUGGACUGGUGUCUGGAGCAGCUGGAGACGAUCCAGACCUACCGCUCUGUCAGCGACAUGGCCUCCAACAAGUUCAAGAGAAUGUUGAAUCGGGAGUUGACGCACCUAUCAGAGAUGAGUCGGUCUGGGAAUCAGGUUUCCGAAUUCAUCUCCAACACCUUCCUAGACAAACAGAAUGAAGUGGAGAUUCCAUCGCCAACAUCUAAGACGCGAGAGAAGAAGAAGCAGCAGAAGCAGCAGCUGAUGACACAGAUCAGUGGGGUCAAGAAGGUUUCUCAUGGACCCUCACUCUCUAGCAGCAGCAUCUCGCGCUUCGGAGUCAAGACCGAUAAGGAGGAGCUGUUGUCCAAAGAGCUGGAGGACCUGAACAAGUGGGGUCUGAACAUCUUCACUGUUUCAGAGUACUCCAACAACCGACCUCUCACCUGUAUCAUGUAUGCCAUUUUCCAGGAGCGAGACCUCUUAAAGACAUUUAAAAUUCCCGUGGAUACAUUUGUGGCCUAUAUGAUGACAUUAGAAGAUCACUACCAUUCAGAUGUGGCCUACCACAACAGUCUGCAUGCUGCUGACGUAGCCCAGUCCACACACAUCCUUCUCUCCACCCCGGCCUUGGACGCGGUCUUCACAGAUCUUGAGAUCCUAGCAGCCAUCUUUGCUGCAGCUAUCCAUGAUGUUGAUCAUCCUGGAGUAUCAAACCAGUUUCUAAUCAAUACCAAUUCUGAGCUGGCCCUUAUGUACAAUGAUGAGUCCGUGCUGGAGAACCAUCACUUGGCUGUGGGCUUCAAGCUGCUACAAGAAGACAACUGCGAUAUCUUCCAGAACCUCACAAAGAAGCAGCGACAGUCCCUGCGCAAGAUGGUCAUCGACAUGGUUUUAGCAACUGACAUGUCCAAACACAUGAGUCUGCUGGCUGACCUAAAGACCAUGGUAGAGACUAAGAAGGUGACAAGUUGAGUUCUGCUGCUAGACAAUUACACUGACAGGAUACAGGUGCUGCGCAACAUGGUGCACUGUGCUGAUCUGAGUAACCCAACCAAGUCCUUGGAGUUGUAUCGUCAGUGGACUGACCGGAUAAUGGAGGAGUUCUUCCACCAGGGAGACAGAGAGAGGGAGAGGGGGAUGGAGAUCAGCCCCAUGUGUGAUAAACACACAGCCUCUGUAGAGAAGAGCCAGGUGGGUUUUAUCGAUUACAUUGUGCACCCUCUGUGGGAGACCUGGGCUGAUCUGGUGCACCCUGAUGCCCAGGAUAUUCUGGACACAUUAGAAGAUAACAGGAACUGGUACCAGAGCAUGAUUCCCCAGAGUCCCUCCCCACCUUUCUAUGACCAGGGCACACAUGGACACAGUGGAGGCACAGGAGGACAGGGAGGGGGAGAAAAAUUUCAGUUUGACUUGACCCUGGAGGAGGAGGACUUGGAUGGAAUAGAGAGGGAUGGUGAAGGGGAGGAAGAAGAAUUGGAGGAAGACCUAGAAGAGGAGGAUAGUCUGGAGAUUCUCGAUCUCCCCCCCUCAGGCUAUUUGGACAGUCAAGCUCCUGAGGAUAGCCCCAUGAUUGAGCACACAACGGCUAUAGAGAUUGUGACACAUGAGGCGUCACCCACAGAUACAUAGGGCUUCCAUCACCAAGCUCACAUGGUGAUUGAAAGUUUUUGGAAAAGAGGAGGUAUCCUCUUGCAGCUGUGCUUUUAAAUAAGCCCACAGAAGCAAGGGCUUAGUUUUAGCCUGCAGAGGGGCGUCUUGCACUUGGGUGGUUGAAGCCAGACACGGAUGGACAGUUUCAGAGAGGCUUCAGAGUUCUCAGGAAUUAAUUACCCCGAACAUUUUAGUCUUGAUGAACAGGCGAGAGUGGACCUUGAAGGAUUUCAGCCAGUUUAGAAAAUGGUUUCUUUCCUUUCUAGACUGGCAUUACAUGGACACUGACACUACUGAGAGAAGUUUUGUACCUUAGUUUUUUUGUUUUUUUUUUCUUUACAGAUAUAUAAUGUAGACGUAGCAUAGAGUAAGCUCUACUGAUGGAUACACAUUUGUAUAGCAAGACGAAGUGUUUACUUUUUUUCUGUACCAUUUGUCAGAGGACUUUUGUGUGCCUUUUUUACUAUUGUCUUUAUAUAGUUUUUUAUUUAUUGAACACUUUAGUGUCUGUGAAAUGUUUUCUUUCCUUAACAAAAAGAGCAAAAUCUUUUUUGUAUGUUAAAAAGAUAUCAGUCUUCCAUAUAUUGGGCAAUAGAGAAAUCCAAACAAACGUCGACAAACAACUCUUAGACAAACUCAUCCACAGUAAAUGGGAAACUUCCACUUGCAUUACUCAAAUUUGUCUAUCUAAGCACAAGUUUCUUUUUUUCCUAACAUGUCAAAUUCAGAAAUUCACAUCCAGUUAUUGCUUUCUUUUUAGAUGUCGGUCAAUGAAUGUCAUGCCUAAAUAUAUCAUGUCUAUUUACAUAUUUCAAAUUCAGAUAUUUCAUAUUUCAAAUUUUGUUGUUUUUGGGCUGCAAACCAUUUGGCUUUCUGACUGUUUCACACCAAAACUUGAGUUUUAAUGUAACAGGUUCAGUAAAGAGACAAAAGCCUACAUUUUUCUUUUAACUUCACUGUCAAAUAUUUUGACCAAUGAUAUAAUACUAUGGGGACAUUUGAGAAACGUGUUUUUGUCUUCUGAUAGUUAAGAAAUAAUUAAGAAACCAAGUCUGCCAAGGAUGAAAUGCACAGCAGCAGCGAGUCCAUUUUUAGCCCACAGGUAUGCUACAGUCCUAAUAAUCUUGUUAGCUGAAACAGGUUUUGACCUCAAACCAGUCUGAUGCAAUGCCCCCCCCCCCCCCCCCCCCCCCGUUUCUACAAUCAGGCCCAGACCAGAUGAUUAAAGGUGCUCUAGAGCUGCCUGUCUGAUAGGCGCUCUCAAAACCUCAUCAAUGCAGGUUUUCAAACUCGAAGCCCUCGUGGCCCCAACAACAUGACCCCUAAACAAUUAGGCUGAACAUUUUUUUCCCUUCAUGAUAAAAAUCCCUCAAGUGCUGCUUCUGCUCACUGACGUCAAUUGAAUUUUUCCCUUCCCACUGCUGUAUCAGGUUUCCAGGACAGUCAGGUUAUGAGUUUUCUUUGCAGUAGCAGAAUUGCUAGAUUCAGCAUAGCAGACAGCCCGAGAAAGGAGAAAAGAAAAGAGAAACAUGUAAGUGUUCUAGUUUUAACCUCAUAGUUAUAGUCCCCUUCCUCCCACACACAAAUAUGUUAGGGAGGAUCAUUUGAAAAUGGUUUGCAGGCCUCAGAUUUCUCAUGUAGGUUUACUCAUACACAAAAGGUACUUCAUUUAAUUUCUCUAAAACAUGAUCAAGUGGCAAUCACCUGUGUGCAGUAUGUAUGUUUUGUAUUGAGGUGUGAGUCUGUGUGCGUCUCAAUCAGGCCUUACCCCAUCACUUCACACCUUUGUCUUUGCUGUUUGUUGCUAGGAGCUCAAGUUGGUCCUUUUUGCUGUUUAUAACAGUGUGUAUUUAUUCUAUACUUUAAGCUUGUAAAUAAGAAAUACUGGUUCAGUGUAAAAUCUAUUUUAAUUUAUAUGCACUUGCAUUACCUGGAAGUGGUGGUGUCUAAUGUGUAGAAGACUCUGGAUCGGAGUCUUUUAUUUUAUAAAUGUAUUAUAUAUUGUUUUUAUAUAAAUAUAUAUAUACACACACAUAUAUAUAUAUAUAUAUAUAUAUAUAUAUAUAUAUAUAUAUGUAAGUAUAUAUUCGCACAACAUUUUGAGUGCCCAGCAGAGCAGCAGCUAGAAAUGAGUUGUCAUAUGAAAACCUUGCAACCCCAUAACAAAAUUAUUUUUACAUUAAAGCAUAAAUAUUUAAAUUUAACAGAAAAAUAAAAACUGAAUUUUUAGUAUGAUGCAUGGAAAUUAAACCAGAAUGUCACCUUUUUUCCCCACUCUCCCUCUGACUUUCAGCUUCAAAACUUAACAGAGGGCUUUAAUUUUUCCUUUUUCAGUUUUCUCCUACAUAAAAGCAGUUUUCAUCCAACCACCUUUUUGCUACAAGGUUUUCAUUUGACAUCAGUGAUUUGGUAACCCAACGGCGACAUUGGACAAAUUAAACUGCAAAGGCUUGGAUACAGGAUACAGACGAGUUAGCUAUGGAUCAUUGAAGCUUAUUCAGUGCUUAUUUUCCAAGUAAACAAAUAGCCUACAGUUUUUCCCAGUGGCAAGUCUUAAUCUAAGCUUCUCCAUCCAGCAUUUGAAUAAAGAUUGCUGAUAUACGAGGCCAGAUACAACUUUGACAAACACCAACUGAUUGUCUCCUUUUCCACUUUAUGCACUUCAUGUAAAAGUAGGGGACGGUAUUGUUAGCAUGCUACAAUAUGCCCAAGCACUGACGUGAGUUGUUCAGUCAACAACAAAACAUGAUCUCAUGUUACUGAUUGUGCUAAUGUGUGAACUCUUCUGACCAAACUUGUUAGCAGUUUUGAAAUUCAGAUUUGUCAGUAUUAAAAUUAUGUUCAAGCUUUUUUUUUUUUUUUGGUCCUAGUUGUGUCCAAUUGGUGAGCCAGAUAUAGCACUAUCUGCAUGAAAGACAUUUUUUUUUUCCAUUUUCUCUCUUUUUUUUAAGUUGUCCACCACUUGUUGCAGGUGGGUUAUUAAAUGUUUCACACAAUGUAUGGUAUUAUAUUGUAUAUUGUGUUAAAAAAUAAAUCUGAAUACUUUUUCUAUGAAGUGAUUAAAAGCAAAGCAUGAAUAUA